AUGCAGCAAGCUCCCUUGCGCCUGUCACAGACGCUAUGGUCUGCCUUUCGAGCUGCAAAGCCCGCUCACAGACCACUCCCGCAGCAAUUUUCCUGUGCUGUUCGACACUCCCCGCAACGAUGGAGCUGCCGCAGCUCAGGUAUAGCUGUUCACGCCCGGUUUUAUAGCGACUCGAGACCAGAAAUCGAGCGGAAAGUGGAAGAAGCCAAGUCACGGAUCGAAGACAGUCUCGACGCCCGGGCAGACCAUGCUGUCGAAGGUGAAAAGACUCUCAAGGACGUUCGAGAUGAGACCAUCGUCCACACAAUACCCGAGUCCUCCUCGAUUGUCUACGCCAAGGCACCCGAGGAGCGGACCACUUCGAAGUCUACAGAUUCGCCUUCCUCAACGGACAAGAGCCUGCCCUCCGACUUUUCCUCUCGCUACUCCUCCAUCAGGAGACGAUUUACCGAUUUCAUGGACAAUUUCCAGACACACGUCUUUGUCGCUUCCAGGAGGCUGAACGAUCUGACAGGAUACUCGGGCAUAGAGGAAUUGAAGCACGAGAUUGAACACCAAGAGUUGGUGGUACAAGAGUCUCGCAGGGCAGUCAAGGAAGCACGUGCCAAGUACAGCGAAGCCAUAGCCACUCGGAGCCAGACGCAACGAGAAGUCAAUGACCUACUGCAUCGAAAGCAUACAUGGUCAGCUGCAGAUCUCGAACGCUUUACGAGUCUUUAUCGAUCUGACCAUGCCAAUGAGCAGACCGAAGCCGCAGCGCAGAAUGACGUUCAUGACGCUGAGGCAAGGUACGAAGAAGCUUCCACAAAACUUGCCCGGGCCAUCCUGGCGCGGUAUCACGAAGAGCAGAUAUGGAGCGACAAGAUCAGACAGAUGUCCACGUGGGGGACUUGGGGUCUGAUGGGUCUCAACGUACUGCUGUUCGUCGUGUUCCAGAUAGCAGUCGAGCCGUGGAGACGGAAGAGACUGGUCAAAGGAUUUGAAGAGAAGGUCGAGCUCGCGCUGAAAGAGAGAGACGGAGGGAAGAUCACUCCCACAGCCGCAACCACAACCCCAGCCCUGGAACCCAAUGGUACAGGCGCGGCAUCAGCAAUGUCCACAGCUGAGAAAGUCGAAGCCGUCGCGGACAACAUUGCCGAGCAGAUAGUCGACGCAGUGUCUGGCACUACUGCAGAGCGACCCGAGGAGCCUGUCGCUUCACAAGCGGCCAUAGAAGAAGCUGCUGAACAGGUAGCUACUCAAGAAUUAGCAGAGGAGGAAGUCGCUCAAGGCGCACCGGAGACAAUUAUCCCCGAAGAGCCAGUGCUCGAACCCUCUCCCGUUCAGAGAGUGCCAGUGGAAUCACGCUGGGUUUCCCCUGACUCGCCGUUGGCCUGGUACGAAGACGCCGUCCGCACGCGGUGGAACGACGAGCAGAAAGUCACGCUCAGCCAACGCGAGUUGACCACUGUUGCCAUGGAAGGCGUGGCGGGUGGUAUGGCUCUCAUGGGCCUUUUAUUCGUGCUUUUGAGACCGAGAUAA